AUGACGUUUGAAGAUGGCGAUGAUGAUGACGAUGAUGAUGAUGGUGACGACAACGAUGUCAACGGCGAUCAGGAAGACGAGAAGAAGGAGGAGAAAGGGAAGGGGAAAAAGGUGCAGGAGGAUGAGGAGAAUGACGAUGUUGGCAGAAAAGAUGAGGAGAAGGGGACGAGGAAGGCGGACGAGGGGAGAGAAGGUGGUUUAGAAGACGGUGGGAAGGACAGCGCGGUAACGUAUCUCCAUCAAACCUCUGCAGCCUUAAUUUUUCAACUUUAUUACACUUAA